ACUUUAAAAAAGAAACUAUUUUCCACCCUUUUGCAGCACAAAAGUGAUUUAAUAGUUCUCUCGUUGUAGGUGAAAACAAGGUGCUUAAAGUUAUUUAAAUUUAGUUUCCUCUUCCAGAAAAAUAUUAUUGACCUUUUAUCCUAGUUGUAUGUACUACAAGGACAAAUUACUUGCACUAUGGUUUAGUGGAAAAAGUGAUAUAUAGUUUUUUUUUAUACACAUACAUAAUUUAAUAAACACAGAAGCAAAAGCUUGUGCUGUGAUAUAAAAGCUAAAAAAAAAUGUUUUGUGUUGUUGAGGAAAGCUCCUCCUUGAGAAUUGGCUCCACAUUGUGUAGUUUAUUCAAAUAAUAUUAUAUAGGGGUAGUGUUAAAGCUCCUCUCUCACAAAAGGGUAGUUUUAUGGCAGUACCACCACGAAAAAAAAAGAGGUGCUCCUAAAAUCGAUAUAAAUGUGUUCCCCCAAAUGCUUCGCGUGAAGUGUGUUAAAUUAAGAAGUGAACCAAUUGCAAUUUGAGAAAAUCAACCCCUUUUAUUCCUCUACGUAAAUAAUUCUGCUUUUCUGCGACAAUUUGUGCGAAAUGGUUGAUUUUCCAUCAACGUCCCAGAAAACGAAUGGCGAUGUGCAGAAAAUGAGGCAACUCAUGGGUCGUACACCUGGAAUAAUUAAAUCAAAAUUUUUAUCAGUAAUUGGCAGUAGCAAUGAAAUUUUUAAUGGUAUUUCCAGUAAGCUUGAAGCAUUGAGUUUGAGUUCAUCCACGGAGACUUCUCGGGAGACAGAAGACGAGUACGAUAUCUUCAAACCACAGCCAAUUCCAAAGAAGACCAAAGCAAGUCCACCUGAUUCAACGGGAUUAAAGGAAGACGAGGAAGAUGAUUAUGAUGACUACAUGAUUGAUUUUGAAGCAAGACGUGUCAAGGAGAGACGUGCCCAUGAAGAAAUCCUCUCUGGACGAUACAGACAUCCUAAUAUUAUUCCAAGAAUUUCAGCUGAAAAUCACGAUAUGGCCGAUCUGAACCAUCAUGCAAUUUCAUCAUCAAUUUCCACGGAUAUGAGUAAUUGCUCUAUUGAUUCGAAAUCCCUUCAUGUCGACGAGGAGAAUGAUGAUGCAGCAAAUAAUGCAGAUGGUGGUCAGGUUUUGAAGUCAACUCAUGAACAAUUUCACCCUGCUAUUGAUAUCCAGGCACCCAGUGAACGUGUAACCCCAAUUGAGGAGGAGAGAUUCAAGCCAGAUGCGAGUAGUAUCUCAACAAGUGAGUACGAUUUAUGCCUCCCAAGUGGUGGUGGGAGUUGUGAGUCGUCGGAUUUGAAGGUGUGGAUGCGAUCGGAAUCCGUGAAUUCUGUCCCAUCGUGGGCAUCAUCAAUAAGUCUCGACAGUCAAUCAGAGGAGGUGGUCCUGGAAUUUAUGAGACGCUUCCUCACGGCGCUCUUUGACAAUUCCUGCGCAAUAAGUCUCGAAUUGAAGUCGGAGUUUGGACAAAUGGCCAGAACUGAGGCAGGACGUCUGUGGUUCUCUCGGCUUGUUAAUGCACAACGUGUAAAGUCGAAGAUGGUGGAUGAAACGACUUUCUACUCCUUGGUGCAGUACUUUGCGAUUGUCCUCUUUGAAUGCCAUGAAAGUGAGGAUUUUUCUCCGGCUAAAAGUCUCAUGAAUAUGUGCUUUACAUUCUACCACGACAUUACUGUACCAGGAAUAGAGCCCUAUAGAGAAUAUCUCUACAUCUACUUGAGGGAUCAACCAAUUUGGCAUUCCUUGCGCUUCUGGAAUGCCGCCUUUUUUGACGCCCUUCAGUGUGAACGAGCACAUCGUCCCGUGCCUCAGACAAAGAGAUCAUCAACAACGCAGAAGGAUUCAUCAAAUGGUACUACACGAAGGAAUACGGCAACACCCCAAAGAGAUCGAUCUCAAUCAAUUUCUUCCGCGACAAAUGAGGAGAUUGAUGAAGAAAUUAAGCUGGAUAUCAAAGAGGAUGUGCUUGAGGAGAAAAAUCAUCUCUUUGAAAUUACUGAAGAUGUUAAAUUUCAACAAAAUAUCACCUUUGGCCAAUUAGGAACAUUCACGUGCAAUAUGCACGCCUUUGGUUUGAGCAAACAGCUGUGCCUUGAAUUUCUACGGAAGCAAUGCACAAUUGCAAAUCUGAGCAAGGAGGAUGAGAAACUCCUCCGAGACAAUAUUAAUCGCAUGUAUAGAGAAACAGAACGUUGGAGCGAACAUUAGGAAAACACACUGCUAAAUAUUUUACACACAAAGAUCAAAGAUAAAACCUACUUUUUGAAAGAAGAAGACUAUUUUUGAGGCUCUCAACGAAUGUCCAGAUAAACCUAUCUUCAAAUAAUUGCUACAUUUCUUUAAAACUCUAAAAGUUGAAUGAAAAACACACAAUUACAUACAAUACUUACUCUGCAAUAUGAGACGUGGUGCAUUAUUUUAAUUAAUUAAAUUUCCUCUCAAAGUGUUGAGAUUGUUAAAUUACGAUUUUAAAUAAUAAUAAUCUACAAAAUGUCUAUAUUUAAACUAAAUGUGCAAGGAAUUAUUUAAAAAACUAAAUAAUUCCUUAAUUUUAACGACGAAUUCUAAUGCAGAUAAAGAGAAAGAACUUCCAUUUUUAUGGAGUAGCAUAGUGUAUGGAAUUAAUAAAUUAAUUUUUAUACAUCAUUAUGUGAAAUAAAUUAUGAAAUUUUCCCGA